GCGUGCGAGGGAAGCGAGCUCUUUCCUGCUUGAACUCUGAAGCCGAGCGACAUCCGUGAAGUUUGUCUCCAAUCUGAAACAUGGAUAAUUUGAGUAGUUGACGUUUGCUUUUACCUUCUCUAUUUGGGCAUUCUUCUUUCCGAUCCUCGUACUCCAGACGUGAAUAGUCCGAUCCGGAUUUGCAAUCGUCCAGUUUGUAUUGUUUUUGAUUCCGUGUGACUCUGAACAACAUGAAGUUCAUCAUUGGCAUUGGCGGCGUAACAAACGGCGGCAAGACAACUCUUACCAAUAGAUUAAUCCAGGUCCUGCCAAACUGCUGCGUUGUUCACCAAGAUGACUUUUUCAAGCCUCAAGAUCAGAUUGAAGAAGACGAACAUGGGUUUAAGCAGUAUGAUGUUAUCACUGCACUGGACAUGGAUGCCAUGAUGAGUACCAUCCAUGCAUGGAUUGAAAACCCUGUUAAGUUUGAGCGCUCACACGGUGUCAACAACACUCUGGAUGCUGGCAUUUUACUGGAGUCCAACGAUAAGGAUGAGGGCAUUCACAUCCUUAUUGUUGAGGGCUUUCUGCUUUACACCUAUGGACCGUUGAUCGACGUAUUAAACCAACGAUACUUUCUUUCCAUUCCAUAUGAAGAUUGCAAAAUGAGGAGGUGUUCAAGGAACUACACAGUGCCCGAUCCACCUGGCCUGUUUGAUGGCCAUGUUUGGCCUAUGUAUUUAAAGCACAAAAAACUAAUGGAGGACAAUAACGUUGAUGUGGAUAACACUCUCUAUGCUGAAGACAAGCUUUUUAUAACCACCAGAAAACACAUCCAGCCUUAUCGUUUAAUGUGUGAAACCGGCAGCUGAGAUUUUAUUUAAAAAAAACACAGUCUGCUGUUGUAUGUACAUUUUAUACUGGCUUCUGGUUUUUAUACAUUGAGAUAUUUAUUUCUGUCUGAAAGUUUCAACGAGAUGCAAUUUAUAUCAUUAAAAGGUCCUUCGAAAA